AUGGAUGCUGUUUUACAACUCGGAACCCGGGUGUUAGCACCUUUCCGGGGAACACAGCAAGAAGGGGUUGUCGUUGAACGACUCGAUGAGACCGAUCUUGCUCCUGGUAAAAUCAAGGAUAUUUCCAACUGCCUUGAUGAAACCCCGACCUUCUCUACGGAUUUGCUUGCGCUUACCAAAUGGAUGGCGGAAUAUUAUGUCUGCUCGUGGGGCAUCACGCUCUUUUGCGCCGUGCCGGCUGCUGUGCGAACGCAGAAAGAACAGAAGGUGCAACUCUUGCCAGGAGCACCUGCCCCGCGCGGAAAAAUACAAAAGGAACUCGUCGCAUUUUUGGAAGCAGAGGGUGAGCUUUCUCUCAAUCAACUUGCCCGACGUGUUGGUGUAAGUUACCAGAAUCUCCGUCCGAAGAUUACCGCGCUACAAGAAAAAGGUAUCGUUAACCUUGAUGUCACCCACAAACCGAAAGCCAACACGCAGUUAACCACUGUAGCAACUUUAGCUUUACCGCCUGCUGAUAUUGAAGCAGAGAUUGAUCGACUCAAGGGUGAGGCGGACGGUUCCGAAGAGUCAUCGGGUCCGCGACCGACGAGUCGUCGGUACGUUGCCGCUGCGAAGCAUGCCGAAAUUCUGCGACUUUUGCUUGAUGAAGGUGUUCCUUUGGCAACAGCCGACCUAACCAAACGGGUGAAUACCAGCAUCUCUCUGCUCCGCACACUUGAAAGACGUGGUUUUGUUCAUAUCACACGUGCACAAGCCGUUCGUAAUCCUUUGAGUUCUGAGCCGAUCGCUGCAACACAGCCACUUCACUUGAAUUCUGCACAAUCGAUGGCGUUCGCGGAGAUUCAAAAUAUAGGCGUAUCACAUACUACGGAUGCGUCAUCCUUCCCUGCUACUGAGUGUCCGCCCACCUUUCUGCUCCACGGCGUAACCGGGAGCGGAAAAACCGAGGUCUACAUGCAAGCGAUGACAGAAAUCCUUGGAAACGGGAAAUCUGUCAUCGUAUUAGUGCCAGAAAUAUCACUCACACCUCAGGCUGCGUCUCGGUUUGUUGGGCGAUUCGGGGAACGGGUGGCAUUGCUGCACAGUCGGUUGAGUGAUGGAGAACGCUAUGAUCAGUGGCAUCGUAUCCAAAAGGGUGAAGCGGACAUUGUGAUUGGACCGCGUUCUGCCGUUUUUGCCCCAGUGAAAGAACUGGGUAUGCUGAUUAUAGACGAAGAGCAUUCGGAUUCCUAUAAGUCAGAUACCGUUCCGCGUUACCACGCACGGGAUGUCGCGCAGAAGCGCGGUGAACUCGCAAACUGUCCUGUCCUACUUGGGAGUGCGACCCCGUCCCUUGAGAGUUUUCAUCGUGCGAAGAAUGGGGAUUAUCGGCUUCUCAGUCUGCCAGACCGUGUUCUGGGUAGAAAAAUGCCCGAUGUCCACAUUGUUGAUAUGCGAACUGAAUUGAAAAAAGGGAACCGGACUAUCUUCUCCGAUAUCCUCCGAAGUUCAAUUGAAGCGUGCUUGGAAAGGCGAGAACAGAUUAUCCUAUUUCUCAAUAGACGUGGACAUUCCACACAUGUGUUUUGCCGGACUUGUGGUUAUGUUGAACGCUGCGAAAAUUGCUCUAUCUCAUUGACUUUUCACUUUGAGACGAAACGUCUCGUUUGUCACCAUUGUGGUGAUAAACGUCCGACGCAUCCGACCUGUCCACAGUGUAGCAGCCCUGCUAUUCGCUAUUUUGGGUUGGGGACGGAGGCGGUUGAACAAGAGGUGCGGAAAGCGUUUCCACAGGCACGUGUGAAACGGUUUGAUGCUGAUUCAACGACACGGAAGAACGCACAUCAGCAGAUUUUGGAGACAUUUGAGCAGCAGAAGAUUGAUGUUCUGAUAGGCACACAGAUGGUGUCAAAAGGGUUAGACUUCCCGAAUGUCACACUUGUUGGGGUCAUCGCCGCGGAUACCAGUUUGAAUUUUCCUGACUUUCGGGCGAGUGAACAGACGUUUAGCCUGUUGACCCAGGUCGCCGGGCGAUCGGGACGUGCCGAACUUGAAGGGAAGGUCGUCAUUCAAACCUAUAUGCCUGAGCACUACUGUAUUGCCGCUGUACAGAAGCACGACUAUCUCGGUUUCUAUGCACAGGAGGUUGAAGCACGCGGGGCGUUACGAUAUCCGCCCUUCUCGCAUGUUGGGACGCUUCUGCUCCGUGGUAAGGACGAAAAACAGGUUGAAGAGGCGGCACACGCCGUCCGAGAUCAACUUCAGAUUUGGCUGACAGAUCCAGCACCUGCCGCUCAGGUUCCGGAUGUUGGAGAGACGGACGUAGAAAUCCUCGGUCCCGCGCCAGCACCCCUCUCGAAAAUCGAAGGAAAAUUUCGGUGGCAUUUUUUACUUCGAAGCAACUCCGUUGAAAGAAUCAGUCAACUCCUUAAGCACUUGGCUGACGAGCCACCCGUCGCUAUUAAAUCGAAUGCUAUUGAGUUUGUGAUAGACAUCGAUCCAACGAAUAUACUCUAA